AUGUCGGAGGUUCAAAUUUUUCAACUGACCUUUGUGUGCGAGAUUCUUCGCUUUCGCCUCUACUUCCAAUUCUUCAGUAGCAUCGUGCUUGAUGAUUUACGUUAUGGUUUAAGUGCUGAGCACCUGUUCCGCAUCCCAAAUCGUUGUCACUGUAGGUUGAUUUUUUUUCCAGAUCAGAUCACGUCUGGAAGUCGCAAUAAGCCUAUUAGUUUGGAUGAUGUCUUCGCUCUGCUCUCCUCUGCAUUUAUUCGUGGUCCUGGUCGCUUUCACAAGAGUACUAGCGGUGUUAGUCGUGAAAUUCGCGCCGGUAUUAAUUAUGCCUACAUAGAAUUUUUCAACCGAAUGGGUUCCGAAUGGCUAGUGACGCAUAGUCAAACUGUCAUCACCCAUUGUCUUUCCCUUCUUAUCCCUCCUCCACGCAACGCUCUGUCCACAGCCUCAGCGUCAUCCAUCACUCCCAGCGAAGCAGCUUUCACACGACUUUGUGUCGGAGGUCACCUCCUACCUUGUCUCCUUCGUCGACAUUUUUCUGAAGCCGCCCAAAUCGCCGUGAUUCCACACCUUUUGAAUCUCAUUUUAAUGCGUCAGCAGCGCAAGGGAAAACAGUCCAGCUCUGGUCUGAGAUCUCAGUUGAGCGGCCUUGGGAGGGGGCUGAGGUCUGUCAGUUCUGCUGGACAGCUUUCCGAUGCUAGCCAAUCCACAGGAAAUCAGCAAAAUGAUGAAAGUACUGUUGGAAGCUCUAGUCCUGGUGUGAUUUCAGAUGAUCCUAACUACCUUGUCUGCUGUUUGGAUGUUCUGACAGAAGUGAUUAGGUGGCUAGAUUCAACUGUUGCUCCCAUCCUCUCCUCGCCCACAAUCUUGGACACACUAUUCGAUGUCUGCCUCUGCCAUCCUGCUUUGGGUGUCCGAGUUUCUGCAGCUGCUGCUCUUCGUCAAUUAGCUAUCGCUUUGCCAAGUCAACGAGUACCUCUCAUGGAUCGAUGCAUGACAACCCUAAGUGACACAUCCGCUUCCCCUACACCCAUUUCCGCCGAGACAAUCUCUGGAUAUAGUCUUGCUCUCGGCGGACUCGUAGCUGGAGCCUCGCUUAGUGAUCUGGGCAUUCCUUGCUCCAAAGGCAAAGCUGUUUUCUCACUGGCGGAGGAUCUACUUCGGGCAGCUAACCAGAAUAGUCGUUUAACUACCGCGAGAACACAAGCCGGCUGGUAUCUACUGGGUGCUUGUAUGACUCUCGGGUCGACUACAGUCCGUCCACAUUUGUCGAGACUUAUUCUCCUUUGGCGAAAUGCUUUCCCCCGAUCUACCCGAGAAUUGGAAGCUGAAAAGCAACGGGGUGAUGCUUUCACUUGGCAGGUCGGUUCUCUCUGUGUGUCUUUUACUAUGCAAUUGAUAAUGACCAUUUUCCUCGUGGCUUCCAUUAUUAGAGUUUUCAAUACAAUCAACUUGACUAAAACUUUGCUCCAAUGA